AUGGCAAAACUGAACAGCUGGUUAAUCGAGCGUAGCGUUGUUUACAAAAAUCUUUAUGGAAUUUUGUUUAAAUUCUUACAGCAGCUGAAAAUGCGUCAAAAAGUGUGUCGUACAUGUGGUAAAAACACAAAUAAGGAGAGAUCGUUGAAUAUAUUUGAAAGGCGCAACCAAAAUACAUUGGAGCACAUCAAAUUACUAACAGGGGUUUUGUUGGAAAAUUGUACCAAGCUGCCCGAUUUAUUGUGUAUGCACUGCCAAACAAGGGUGAAACAAGCUAUAUCCUUCCGGCAACGCUGUUUGGAAGUUCAAAGAGAACUCCUCGAAUCGCUGGAUGAAAAGGAGCACCUAAAAGUCCCCGAGGUCUACGGUGGGAUCUUUAAGCAGGAGGAUAACUUUGACCAUUCAGAAAUCCGUAUACAGAUCGAGCGAAUCGAUGACGGCGAUGCCAGCCCUAAUGGAACAUCCUACAUAAACUUGGAAAGUCUUCUCAGUGAAUCUGAAAUAAAUGAGGAGGAGCAUAAUGACGACGAUAUCUCUUAUGGUGAAGUGGAUUAUAUUAUUUAUGAGACCGAUGAAGAUGUGAAUGAAAAACCAGACCGAAAAUCAAGCCCUCAGAAUCCCAAAACAAGAAGGAAACGAAGGAAGCCCGGUGAAUCCAAUGGCACAUUUGUUUGUGAAGAAUGCGGAAAUAAUGUCAAAGGACGAAUGGCAUUUAUACUGCAUUGCAAGCGACAUCGCGGCGUCAAAGAAUAUGAAUGCGAAUUCUGUCAGGAUCGCUUCUGUACCCAGGCGGAACUUAAGCGCCACGUCCGGAAGCACACCGGAGAGAAACCUUUUGAGUGCCGGCACUGUUCCCGUAGUUUCUCGGACUAUAGCACGCGGCUGAAGCACGAGCGGACUCACACAAAUGAACGCCCAUUUGCCUGCAGGGAAUGCAAGAGUGCCUUUACCACCGCCUACAUUCUAAAGAACCACAUGCUUGUACACACCGGUGAAAAGGCCUUUAGGUGCAACUUAUGCGAUAAGUCCUUCAGUCGUGACACACACCUCACUACCCACUACCGUUCAAAUGCUCACAAACGCAAUUUGCAGAAGGAUGGCAUAAUCACCAGCCAGGAUUCAGAAGAGGGCAUUUAAUAGUUAUAUUAGCAAAUAACUCAUUAGCAAUUAGAACUACACCUAACAAAAAAAAACCAGUCUUUUUAGAAUUAAGCUUGCAGAAUAAGACGGGAGACGGACGUGGCUAUAUCAACCCGCCUAGUGAUGCUUUAUAGGAUCGAAAAUGCUUGUUUAGUGCGUUACAAACUUCUGACCAAAAUUUUAAUACGCUGCGCAAAAGAAUACAAAUUAAAAAAUAUUUUUAAAGAUAGAAUAUAUUUGUUCUGUCUCUUGGUAUAUUAUUUUUAAGACACUAAGUCAUCUUUAAUUUUCCAAUUCUUUAAAAUUUAGCUCAGGUUUUCCCCUUUAAGGAUUUAUUAAAACACUAUAUUAUUUAAACUA